AUGGACGAAAUGAUAAAGGCCGGAAGAACAACCCUUCUUCUGGCAGUACGGGGCGUAGGGGGGGUGGCAUCCCCUAAUUCUACUGAAGAGCCACGUCAUACGACGUUGCUCACACCGAUCGACAUGCCUAUGAUCACUGAAGUCGCAGGCUCCAAUAGUCAAGGUGCCAUUACUCCGCAAACCAACAUGGCUGAUCCUCUAGCAGACUUAGCUGGGGUUAUGCGCCAGGCUCAACAGAUGGGCUAUGUGUCCCAGCCCCAACCCCAACCCCAACAGAUGAGCCAUCGAUUACAUCCCUCAUAG